CUUCGUGCUCGCUCAUCCUCCCCUGUGUCCCUGCGCGGCUGUCCGUCGCAUCUGAAUUUCCUCGAGCCCCGCUUUGUGCAGGGACUCUUCCUUCUCCUCGACACCGCACACGCCGGAGCUCGAGCUGCAAUGGCCCCGACGACAGCCCACAUGGGCGCCAACGGCGCCCAUGUGGCUGAUGACACCAUGAAGAAACAGCCCAAACCGGAAUUCUCACCGGAAGAUCUCUUCAAGUACCAAGAUGGCGCCGCCGCUGCCGAUUUUCUUGAUUCUGGAAUCCUCGGCUACACCUACAGCGACUUCGUCAUGUUGCCAGGCCACAUCUAUUUUGGCGUGGAAAACGUCUCCACCACAUCGCGUAUCUCACGUAACAUAAGUCUUAGCCUCCCAUUAGUUAGUUCUCCUAUGGAUACCGUCACCGAGUCAGAAAUGGCCAUCAACAUGGCCCUGCAAGGCGGAAUUGGAAUUAUCCAUUACAAUAACUCCAUCCGUGAGCAGAAGCGCGAAGUCGACCGCGUCAAGCGCUACGAAAACGGCUUCAUCACGGAUCCCAAGACCCUCUCCCCGAAACAUACCAUCCGCGACGCUCUGGAAAUCAAGAAUCGCUACGGUUUCAUGGGCAUCCCCAUCACCGAAAGCGGCGGCAUGAACAGCAAGCUUGUUGGAAUUGUCACCAAUAGGGACGUCGAAUUCAUUCGCGAUAAGGAUACUCCGCUCUCUGAUAUCAUGACCACCGAGCUGCAAACCGCUACCGAGGGAUGCUCUCUUGAACUCGCAUAUACAGUACUGAAGGAGUGUAAGAAGGGGAAGCUCCCCAUUGUCAACAAUGCAGGUGAGCUUGUUGGACUUGUUGCGCGAACGGACAUCCUGAAAAAUCGCGACUUUCCGGAAUCGUCAAAGGAUAAGGCUCGCAAGAGGCUAUUGUCUGGCGCCUCCAUCGGCACGAGGCCAGAGGAUAGAGAGCGUCUCGCUGCUCUCGUAGAAGUCGGACUAGAUGUACUCGUCCUUGAUUCCAGUCAGGGAGAUUCAGUCUUUCAGUUGGACAUGAUUAGGUAUGUCAAGGAGAAGUAUCCACACCUAGAGGUUGUCGCCGGUAACGUCGUCACACAGAAUCAGGCGUACCAUCUUAUCAAGGCCGGUGCUGAUGGCCUGCGUAUUGGGAUGGGAAGUGGAAGCAUUUGUACAACCCAGGAAGUGAUGGCGUGCGGGCGAGCGCAAGCAACUGCUGUCUACCGCGUCUCAAAGCUUGCAAAGGAGUUCAAUGUUCCUUGCAUCGCUGAUGGAGGUGUGUCUUCAUCUGGGCAUAUCAUUAAGGGUUUAGCUUGUGGUGCCUCGUGUGUUAUGAUGGGUAGUAUGCUGGCCGGAACGGAGGAAAGUCCUGGUGAGUACUUCUACAAAGAUGGUGUUCGUCUUAAGAAGUACCGUGGUAUGGGUUCGGUCGACGCCAUGAAGAAGGGCUCUAGCGUGCGAUAUUUCUCUGAAGAUGACCGUAUUCGAGUUGCGCAGGGAGUAUCUGGUGCUGUUGCGGACAAAGGCUCUGUCAAACGUUUCCUGCCAUACUUGCGAAUGGGUGUGAAGCACGGUUUCCAGGACCUCGGAGUCAGAAGCAUUCCAGAACUUCAUGAACAAGUGUAUGACGGCCGGCUGAGGUUCCAGGUCAGGACACCGGCUGCACAGCUAGAAGGCAACGUCCACUCGUUGUUUACAUAUGAGAAAUCAACCCACUAGCAUGAAGAUACAGCACACAUACACACUUCCGUCGUGAUGUUGUGGUUUGCAGUCUGCAGUAAACACCAUUAACGGAUGCGUCACUGUGCAUAUUAGUUUGGUUCACCUUAUGUGAGAGCACUCAGUUGGGCUGGCCGUCAAAACACAGAAAGGUCUGUGGAGCGAUUCCCUUUUUCGAUUUCGCAUUGCUAUUCUACUGAAGCUGAAGCACUGGCACACAAACGGGGACCCGUGAGUUAACACA